UGGUAGUUUGUUUUCAAAAUCUGGUCGUAGAAUUUGCGCUCGAAACAAUUUUAGGCUUUUUUAUGUAAAUUUCCAUGAAUCAGAUUCUUUAAGUGCUCUAAGUUGUACACCAAUAUGGACCGGUACUGUCGCGUUUGUAUGGACGAAAAUCCAGUUGAGCUGAUAUCGCUGUUUCAAAUCCACGAUAGCGAGGGAGAUGUGAUUGCAAACAUGAUCAUCGACUGCACGGAGGUGAUGGUUUCAGACGAUGAUAAUCUUCCGCAGCACAUAUGCGGAAAAUGUUUGAUUCGGCUCAAUCAUGCGUACGAGCUGCGCAAACAAUGCCAAAAAUCGGAAUGAAGCUUUCCGGGCUAUGUUGCUAGAGCAAACCGCCAAACCUUCGUCGGUCGAUCAAGUGAUCGAGAACGUUCAAGAUGUUCAUGUUGGUGAAGCUGAAGAGCCAUCUGAAGAGGGAUCCACCACAUCUGAUCCUGAUUCGAAUCAGGGACCGUCUAUACAAGACGAAAACUCCAAUGAAGAGCAAAGUAUUGAAUACCUAGAUGAAGAUGAAGACUAUCACGAGUAUGUUGAUUCAACGAAAAGGGUUAAGGGCAAUUUGUCUUCCGUAGCCAGCUAUGACUGCCAAGCCCCAACGGGUAUCCUUCCUGGAUCAGAAUUCGUUGGCAAAGUGGAAGAUUUCGCGCAAUACAUCAUAUACCAUGUUCGCGGGGAAAGAUGCUGUGGCUUGUAACAUGAUUUUCCCAGACGUGGUAUCUUUGUCCGAUCAUUGCACACAGGUGCAUGGCAAUGAACAGGAUCCGAUACGAUCGAAACUCCAAUGCGACAGAUGUUUUAAGCGGAUGGGAACCAAUCAACUUUUGAGGAAACAUAAACAGGCCAUCAGAAGUAACACGCUGUAUUAUUGCAAACUGUGUAGUUCGGUAUUAGAAGACGAAUUAAGCUUCUUAAAGCACAUUCUCUUGGUAGAAGAUCACGAAGCAGUAAUUGACACCACACAAUUACCCGAUAAAUUUGAAGAAACGAUCAUAAAAGGGUCUGUAUGCUGUGGUUGUGAUAUCAUUUGUCAGGACGAUACGGAUUUGGGAUAAACAUAUUGUGGAAACACACUUUCCUAGUACACAAUCCGCAAGGAUUGAAGUAGAUUUUGAAUGCAGUAAAUGUUUUAAACAGUUCCAAAAAGCAGACGAACUACUGCAACACCAAUCGAGAACGCGUAACAGAUUAUAUUGCUGUCGCAUUAGAGAAUGUACUUAUACGACGAUUCAUAAGGAGCAAAUUUUGAUGCAUAUAUCAAACUCCCAUCAAAAUUCUGUAGGGAAACAAGCAAAACCAAUUAAAAAAGGCAUUGACGAAAUGGACGAUGAUAGUCGUUUCGGUUGUUGCUUUGUGCGGUGUUACAAUACAUUUGAAUCGUAUGAAGAACUCGAAAACCACGCUGAAACAGUUCAUGAACUGUUGCGGAUUCAGCAUACGCAGGAUCGAGAGUAUACGCAAAUCAUUUGCCAGAUCUGCCAGAAAGGCUUUGAGAACGAACAGACCUACGAGCGGCAUCGGACUGCCGAUAAGAACCGAAAGCAUGUUUGCCGCACGUGUGGGGCAAAGUAUGUUUCAAAAUCCACGUUGCUGCAGCAUGAGCGCAGUAACUGUGGGAAAAUUGCCCAGUAUCAGUGCAGUGAAUGCGACAAGUCGUUCAUGUCGCUCGGAGGCUUUCGCAAUCACCAAGAAGUUCACAGCAGUAAACGCUCCCAUGUCUGUGAUAUCUGUGGACGUGGAUUCCUGCGGAAAGGAAUUUUGAAGGAUCAUAUGAACACCGUUCACUCCAAAGCAAGAUUGUUCCAAUGCACUUUAUGCUCGAAAUCCUUCACAAGUAGGAACGUAUUUCAAUCUCAUCAAAUGACGCACACCAAGGAGAAACCGUACCAAUGCCGACACUGUGAGAAGCGAUACUACAAAACCAGUGACCGAACCAUGCACGAAAACCAGGUCCAUUUGGGUAUCCGACCCUUCAAGUGUAGUUACUGUACAGCAUCGUUCAUAAGGGAUCGUGAACGGAGACUUCACGAGCGUAUACAUACGAAGGCAAAACUGUACAGCUGUGAAUUAUGCCCCGAAGGGUACAAUAAGUUUGCAGAGUACAAAGCACACCGUUCCAGUGAACAUGGAUUGGACACGCUCAUGGACCUUGGCCCGGUGACAAUGGCUGCCGUUCACGGCGAACAAGAGCAGACUAAUUCUCAGCGUGCAGAAUGUAAGUUAGAAAUUGAAAUUUUUGAUAUCGCAGAUUGAAAAUAAAUGUGGUUGAUACUUUAUUAAA